AUGGCCAAAUUCCCAGAAAUCGAGGGCGGCGGCUCUCUGAUGCUCGCCUGGCAGAUCCGCAACAAGCUGGUGCUGAUGGUUGGCGGCGGCGAGGUAGCCGCCGGUCGCAUCCUGAACCUUCUCAAUUCAGACGCAAAAGUCCGUCUUAUCAGCCCUCGCUCCGGUCUCAAUGAUGAAGUCGCCCACCGUGUCGAACAAGGCCUUGUGGAAUACAUCGAUCGUACCUUUGAGCCCUCGGACCUCGAUGAUCCAAACAUCGCAAUGGUCAUGACUGCAAUCGACGACCCGGAAGCCUCGACCAUGAUCUGGAAGCUGUGUAAAGAGAAGAGAAUUGUUGCAAACAUUGCAGACGUGCCGCCAGAGUGCGACUUCUACUUCGGUAGCCAGUACAGAGAUGGCCCUCUACAGAUCAUGGUCAGCACCAGCGGAAACGGUCCUAGGAUGGCAAACAUCGUGCGCAGGAGAAUUGCUGCUAGCUUACCGCCCAAAAUGGGCGAGGCUAUCAAGAAGGUGGGAGCUCUGAGAAAGAAGCUCAGAGUCGUGGCUCCCGGCAAUGAAGAGGGACCCAAGAGAAUGAAGUGGAUGAUCAAGGUCUGCGACAAAUGGUCUCUCGAGGACUUUUGCACAAUGGAGGAGCGCGACAUGGAGGCACUGCUCGAGAGUUAUGCGCCAGACGUUGUUCCUACCUUUGAACAAGUUAGAUUGGGUGAAGACCCAGAUAUCUGGGAGUUCGAUGGCUCCUUUGGUUUCGCUGUCUAG